AUGCUUCACCUGCAACAGACCUGUACAGCCUACCCAGCUGCAGGCCUCCAAUUCAUCCAGCUCCCAAAGGAGAUCCUCUUGCUCUAUCCUUCGACAGAUGCAAUUAUCAUCAGGAAUGCGCAGACUCUGGCCCUCCGGAGGGUCCUCGCCGUUUGGGAGGCAUUUCCAGGGUCGAAACAAUCGGGAGAAACGGUCUCCUGUAUCUCCGUCGACUCGGGUAUGAAGCUGAUAGUCGCCGCCAUAAGCACUCGCAUAGUGGCCUGGGCACUGUCCGAAGUUCAGUCUGAUACCUGGAGAUUGCAUUCAACGCUCAUUCUGCGGGAAGGCCACACCGUCACGUCUCUCGACAACAAAGCCGGCCUACUCGCUGUCGGGACGGAGCGCGGGUUAUCCAUAUAUACGCUAGUUCUUGAAAACGACCUCCCUACGUGGUCACUAAAGUGGUCCACAUCAGCUGGGCCCAUCAUUCACGUCAGCUUCGCGCCUUCCCUGAUGAGCAUUGCGACUGUUUCAAGAAAUGACGCCGCCGUCAGACUCUACUCCACGCCAUCAGGCCGCCAGACCCAAGUUAUACCUCACCCUCGUCCAGUAAUUAAAAUGGCCUGGAGACGCCCACAGGCUUCUAGUCGCGACGACCUAAUACUGUACACCAUCUCUUCCGACGCAGUGCUGAGGAUAUUCCUGCCGGUCCUAGACGCGCCGGAGUAUCUUCAGCUCCAUGCUUCUCUAGACUUAUACUCCUCACUCCCAUACUCCGUGGCUGCCGACCAGUCCGAUUCCACCUCGACGAUAUUUUGGUUAGACCGACGAAUAGUUGGUACAGUCAUCGAGUACAUUCUCAAGAACCAACUCCAUGAAGACGAUGGCCGGAAGAGAAGAAUUAAAGAAAUACAUGAAGAGGGUUGGGACUUAUUCUUACGAGUUCUGAGCGACGGAUCUAUCGUUGUCACUGCCGUUGCGAAUAUCGAUCGCCGACCUCCAACUCUCCUCAGACAAUUCACAUUGCAACAAUCCCAGCCUUGCCUUUUCACCCGCCCUCCAACUUAUCUAUAUCUUCUCCCCAACCCAGAUCCCUCCCUACUAACGUUGGUGACCAGUACUCCCCUCCUUACCUUUUCUCUCUCACCACUGGCGUUCUUUGACGCGCAAUCUCAUGGAUUGCGACUUAUAGCCAGCUUCCCUGAUAGGAUUGCCGAAGAGGACUUCCCUGUUGUCCGACUCAUGAGGACUCCCGAAGGCAAAGGCGUUGGCGUCAUUCGGACCAAUGCUGGCGGUCAGGCUUGGACUGUCGCCAAAAAGGGUGCCGCAUUGAAACGCACGGGCGAUUGGAAGGAUGCAGACUUUGCAGUCGUUCUUUGGAGAGGGCUCCAGUGGGCAACCUUCCUGCAAGAAACCGGCAUUCUUACGUUGCAUUCCGACCCAGUUCAAAACUUGACCUUGCCCAAACUAGAAUCGCUAUUCACCAUGCCCUCUCCGGACGGCUGUGAAUACAUCAUCGCAAUCGGCACGGAUUUCACAGUCAUACAGAUCAUGGCGACCAAUACACCGCAACCCAGUCUUGAGAUAAUAUCUCGAGGAAAACUGCCUGUAUCUUCACCUCUCAGGUUCAUCCAGCCCGUCGAUCCAAUGGCAUGGGUGUCCAGCACAAGGGAGUGGACUGAACAUGACGUGCUCCUCAGCGUGUCGCAUGAGGGUGAAUUGGGGUUUUGGGCCCCUGAACCCGUGAAUGGUUCGCUUUGGAGGUGUACCGGACAAGUGAGAACUGAACGGAGUGGGUUCAAAAAGGCUAAAUGUAGUUCGAUGAAGAAAACCGCGCUAGUUGUGGAGAAGGCUGAUUUCGACGAGUUGACUAUCUGGGAUUCGACUGUGUCCGAGUUUUCCACAGGACUUGAAUACACGGAGAUCAGACCAGACCGAAUACUCGAUUUGGACUGGAGCUCAACGCCUGAUAUGCAGUCUAUUUUGGCUGUCGGCUACGCUCACCAUGUGGACCUCCUCUGCCAACAGCGAUCAACCUACUUCGACGAAGGUCCUGGCUGGGCUGUUUGCCAACGGCUGGAGAUCCACAGCAUCACACCGUACUCUAUCAGCGACUCAAUAUGGACGUCGCACGGGUCUUUCCUGAUCGCAGCAGGCAAGGAGAUGUACUUGUUCAGUGACCCACCGGACCCAGGCACUGGCAAACCGCAAGAAAGGUUAUUCGAACAUAUAGCCCGGCUCAACGGGCCACUGGCAGACUUUCAUCCCCAGAUGCUACUUCAAUGUCUACUCUGGGAGAAAACUGAGUUGGCAAAGGAAAUUAUCACCAAUCUUUGCCAAGAUGUGAAGAGACAUGAGCAGCUCGGUUACGUCGAUCGAUGGAGGACGUUACCCGUAGAGCGUUUCUUGCAGUCCACUAAACAGGCCCCUGAACGUGUCAGAAACAACUACCACAAAACACUCUUCAACGGCAAUGCGUAUGACAGUGCGCUCGAUGAGGAAGGCUUUUCAAGGAAUUCGGUUACUCGAUUGAUUGCAUACCUGGAAAACAAUCCACUAUCCCAUCUAACCCCUAAUGAACAGGCUCACCUGGUGGUUCUCAUUCAAACUACCUUAGAAAUAGACGAACAACGCCGCGCCCUGGACGCCAAUGGAUUGCGAUACCUCAUCUCCAUGCGAUCAUUUUACAUCACUAACCAACGUGCCGACAAAAAGAUCGCCAACAAUUCGAGCCAUUUCCCUCAGCCAACAGGCAAACGCGAGAGACUGCGUUUUCGGGACAUGUUAUGGGCGUUCCAUAGCGAGAGUCAGAACCUGCUGCUGGAUGCUUCAAUUGCCGCAUGCAACGGGAAGAUGACCUGGUCAGAUGCCCGGGCACUUGGGUUACCUCUAUGGUUGACCUCCCAGGAGACCUUGAAACAACAAAUUGAAGUCAUUGCUCGCAACGAGUACAUGGCUGGGGAAGCGCGUGAUCCCACCGCUUGUUCCAUUUUCUAUUUUGCACUGGGAAAGUACAAGCUGGUGCAAGGGCUGUGGCGGCAAGCGGCAUGGCACAGGGAACAGAAUAUUAUGCUCAAGUUCCUUUCAAAUGAUUUCUCGGAGCGUCGAUGGAAGACAGCAGCCCUCAAGAAUGCGUAUGCACUCCUCAGCAAACAAAGAUUUGAAUACGCUGCAGCGUUUUUCCUAUUGGGCGGGUCUCUCAAAGAUGCGGUAAACGUUUGCAUCAAACAUAUGAAAGACUUCCAGCUCGCUAUCGUUCUUGCCCGGGUCGUGGAACAGAGGAAUGACGGACCCAUACUGGAAGGUAUAUUGACCAACACGGUGCUGCCUACCGCCUUCAGGCUGGGCAACCGAUGGUUGGCGAGUUGGGCCUUCUGGCAGCUUCAUCGACGAGAUUUUGCGGUCCGCGUUCUUUUGACUCCACUCCGGGAUAUCGCAACUGCGUUCAACCUAAUUGUCGAAGAAAUCGUCGAGCCUCACUAUGAUGACCCUAGUCUGGCUUUGAUGUUUUCCCAACUUCGUGACAAAACACUCCAGACUGUCAAGGGAAGCAGCGAAAUUUCGGGCCGCUCAGAAUUCAACUUUGUUCUCCAAAUGGCUCGUGUCUUUUGCCGGAUGGGUUGCCAUGCCCUGGCGUUGGAUCUUGUGCGCUCCUGGUCGUUUGCCCGGCCGUCAAUCGCAUCUCGUGCAAAGCCAAGCUCUCCUUUGCAUUCACCCUCGAUGACACGCUCGUCGUUCCCCUUCGAAACUGGUGUUAACAGACGCGGCUCGAUUCUGAUCGACAUAGACGUCGCUGCACUACCACCCACGAGACCGGAAACACCCAGUCGAAAUGACGACAAGGGGGAGACACUUGCAACUGCCAAACCAGACAAUGAUUUGUUCGCACGUAAGGCUGGUCUUGGAAGCUUGAUGAAGUCGGCGAAACAGGACGUUCAAGUGCCCGAGUUCGACAUGAACGCAUUCUUCUAA